ACUCGCGCGUUGGCCGCUCGCCUGUGUGGAAGUGCCGUGCGGAUUUCGAUUCGAAGAUAUAACUCCCCGGGCCUUACAAACAAAUACAUAAUUAUAGAUAUAUAUAUACAUAUACAUAUAUAUGUAUACAAAUAUACAAGAUUUUGCACAGCUAAACGGCAAAUCGAGUUUCUGCGCUGUGAAUUAACAAAAGAAAGCGGAAAAAUCGAAGUUAAUCAAGUCCAACGCAAACGAACUUACAAAAUAAGCAAAAUCAAAUUCGAGCAAAAUCAAAACGAAACGAAGCGAGAGCUUAGUGAACUUAAACGCAAUAAACGCGACGCGAAGUGAAAAAUUUGUUCAAGUAAACCAAAAUGGCCUGGGGCUAUUGGUCCGCCACGACUGUGGAUCGUGGACGAUCGCCGCGCCGCCUGACGCAAUGUGCACCACUUCCGGUCAACAUCGUGCAGCAGGAGGAGGAGGAGGAGCAGCCCUGCCUGCCGCAACAGCAGCAGCAUCAGCAAACGCAGCAGCAACAGCAAUCGCAGACCUGCCCCAGCACACCGUCGGCCAAUCAGCAGGGCAGUGGCAACUUGUGCUACAGCCCCACCUGUCGAUCGCGCUGCUCGAGUCCUUGUCCGGGAUCUCCGUGCGGCUCCAUUACGCCGCCACCUCCGCCGAUGCUCACGUCCUCGCAGCAGCACCUGCAUUCCAAUAAGAAUUGCCCAGCGGCGCAGCAACUGAUGACCCACUUGGAUUACGCCGCUCGGAGACAAUCGCUCGACCAGCUGGAUAGUCCACAGUCCAAGUACUUUGACAUUCAGGCCAACCAGCUGUCGGACAUCAUGUGCCGCGGAGCGGUGGUCAGUUCCAUUCAGUCGGCGAACAACACGCUGACCCGUGGCGUAUCGAUGCACAGUAGGAGUGGCAGUGCCCACGGGAGUCACCAUGGCAGCCACCACAGUCACAGUCAUCAUGGCAGUGCCCACGGAUCGCUGGGCUGUUUGCAGGGCGGCGUGGGAGUGGGCGUGGGCACAGGAAGUACGGGCAGCAUUGGCAUGAUGUCGGCCGGACAUAUCGACACUGGUGACUACGAUGUGCCGCAUCCGCACCCGUAUACGCAUCAUUAUAUGCAGACGACGGCAUCGGUGACACCGCCACACACGUCACUCAGUCGACCGGGAUCGGCGGGUGCCGUGUGCCAGGGUCACGACUCUGGAUCGGAUUCUAGUCAAGGUUGCGGCGGAUCCAUAAUGGGCGGCAUGUUGGUCAUGGGUCAUCCGGGCCAUAUGGGCAGCUUGGGUCACCACAGCGCCGGUAGCGGAUCGCUGGGCAGGUGCUCGAGCAGAUGUCACAAUACGAACACCACCACGACGGAUGACUCGGGCGGUGGCAGUAGCGGCGGCGGCGGAGUACCGGGCACCAUGAGUAGUGCCUCCAUGGCGGUGGGCAUGCCGGGCAUGCUGAUGGACUACCAUCAUAGUCACCACAGCGGCAGUGCCGGGAGUGGUCUAAACGGAUGCGGUGGCGGUAGCAUCGCCGGCGGAAGCAUCGGAGGAAGGAGCAGUGUCCUGGGCACGAUCCACAAUGGACAUGGCCAUCAUCAUCAGCAGUAUCAUCACGAGUGCAUCCACUACGAGCGAUUGCCCAUUCCCGUGCCCAUACCCACAGUGCCGAUGGGCGUGGCACCGUCCUCGCAGCAGAUGUCACAGCACCAGCUUCAAUCGGAGGAGGAGAUCGAGCCAGCCUAUGCGACAGUAUUUCCCAAUGUUCCUCAAGCGCCGGGAUUGUCUUGCGAUGGCGAAGAUCGCAGCAUCUAUCGACGCGGUGCUCGACGCUGGCGCAAGUUGUAUCGCGUCAACGGACACAUCUUCCAGGCCAAGCGUUUCAACCGGCGUGCUUUCUGUGCCUACUGCCAGGAUCGAAUCUGGGGUUUGGGACGUCAGGGUUUCAAGUGCAUCCAGUGCAAGCUGUUGGUGCACAAGAAGUGCCAUAAGCUUGUGCAGAAGCACUGCACCGACCAGCCGGAGCCGCUGGUCAAGGAGCGGGCGGAGGAGUCCAGUGACCCUAUACCGGUGCCUUUGCCGCCACUUCCCUACGAAGCGAUGAGCGGCGGAGCCGAAGCCUGCGAGACGCACGACCAUGCGCACAUAGUGGCGCCACCGCCACCGGAGGAUCCAUUGGAGCCGGGCACUCAGCGCCAGUAUUCGCUGAACGACUUCGAGCUGAUACGGGUCAUCGGACGCGGCAGCUAUGCCAAGGUGCUAAUGGUGGAGCUACGACGCACACGGCGCAUCUACGCCAUGAAGGUGAUCAAGAAGGCGCUGGUCACCGACGACGAGGACAUCGACUGGGUGCAAACGGAGAAGCAUGUGUUCGAGACGGCCUCGAACCACCCGUUCCUGGUCGGAUUGCACUCGUGCUUCCAGACGCCCUCGCGGCUCUUCUUUGUCAUCGAGUUUGUGCGCGGUGGCGAUUUGAUGUACCACAUGCAGCGGCAACGGCGGCUGCCCGAGGAGCACGCCCGUUUCUAUGCAGCCGAGAUCAGUUUGGCGCUGAAUUUCCUUCACGAGAAGGGCAUCAUUUAUCGCGAUCUGAAGCUGGACAACGUGCUGCUGGAUCACGAGGGCCACAUCAAGCUAACGGAUUACGGCAUGUGUAAGGAGGGCAUUCGACCUGGAGACACCACCUCCACAUUCUGCGGUACACCCAAUUACAUUGCCCCUGAGAUACUGAGGGGCGAGGACUAUGGCUUCUCGGUGGACUGGUGGGCACUAGGCGUCUUGCUCUAUGAGAUGUUGGCCGGCCGUAGUCCGUUUGAUCUGGCAGGAGCCUCAGAGAAUCCCGAUCAGAACACUGAGGACUAUCUGUUCCAAGUGAUCCUGGAGAAGACGAUUCGUAUACCACGCUCGCUGAGCGUUCGUGCGGCCUCUGUCUUAAAAGGUUUCCUCAACAAGAAUCCCGCUGACCGUUUGGGCUGCCAUCGGGAGUCCGCGUUCAUGGAUAUCGUCAGCCAUCCCUUCUUUAAGAAUAUGGAUUGGGAAUUGCUUGAGCGCAAACAGGUCACGCCACCAUUCAAGCCACGCUUAGACUCAGAUCGCGACCUGGCCAAUUUCCCGCCCGAGUUCACCGGCGAGGCCGUACAGUUGACCCCGGAUGAUGAUCAUGUCAUUGACAAUAUCGAUCAAUCCGAGUUCGAGGGCUUUGAGUAUGUAAACCCCUUGCUGAUGUCUCUGGAGGAUUGCGUCUGACACCACGAAAUGUGCGACUUACAUCCGUAUAACAUGCGGCUCUAUGGCGAGGAUUCCAGUGAUUACGAUUCCGUGGCUGACGAUUUGAGUCUCCUGCAUUUGAACAGCGCAGCGGGAGCUGGUGGAUCAGUUAGCAGCAAUAACAAUCUCAGCCAGCAGCAACAUUAUCGCCAGCAGCAGCAGCAGCAAUAUCAACCCCAUUCAGCAUACUCACAACAGCAGCAGCAGCAGCAGCAACAUCAGCAGCUGCAGCAACUUCAGCAGCAUCAACAUCAGCAGCAACAGCAGCAACAACUUCAUCAUAAUGGUAACAAUAACAUUCAUAAUAAUCAAAUGCAAGCAAAUAAUAAUAAAAGUCUACUGCAGCACAUGUUUUGCCUUCCAUUGAACUAAUUAAAAUAACGAAUUAGAAAAAACAACAGACAACAACAAUGAGCCACACAGCAACAACAAAAAGCAGAGCAACUAAGAAAAUUAAAAAGAUUCCAAGAAUAUAAAUUUCAUAAUAUACAAUCUAUAUAAUCCUUUCUCAACAACAGACACAACUUUCAAAAGCAAAGUAUAUUUAUUAUAUAAAAAGGCGAAGGCAAAAGCAAUAGCCGAAGCAAAACAAAACAAAAAACUGUCACAAGUUGCAAGUAUUACACUAAACGAUUACUUUACUAUUUAAGCACCUAGGCAGCCAGGCGAACUUUAUGCAAGCAAAAGAUAAACCAUUUCAAAACUCAAUGCAAGACUUUUCACCAAGAAACUUAGGGGUUUGACGAUCCCGCGAGAAUGCAACAAGAACUUUUUAAGCUAACAAUACGUGCAUCAGAUAUGAAAAUAUAUAAUUUUUAAAGGUUUAACACUACAAUGAAAAUUUCAUGUUCAUUUUACUAGGCAGGAACGGUGUGCGGUGGAGGAGACCGAAUAUGGGAGUAUAUAUUUCAAGUGAAUCAAUCUAUAAUAUCUAAGCAUAUAUAAACUCUAAUGUAAAAUGUGUGUGUGUUAGUAUUAGAGAGCAGAGCAUGGUUUUUAAAGGCGACAGCAAAAGAUCGACAUAUACAUACGUGUGUACUGUGAACAGCAAUAGUUAAUGCAAACGAAAUACCAAUUGUAACUUCGUAACUCUAAUUUUUACACAGAGAACCGUUAACCGAAGUCGGGGGGACGAGGAAAUUCUCUUAAAAUGCGAACAAAAACAUAUUUAUUUAUUUUAUUCAUUUUCUACUCUGUAUUUUUAACAGCAAGCAAACACAAUCCGUCUACUGGCAAUAUAACUUUGUUAAGUAUUAAAAAAAAACUUUUGUUUUUAAUGCAUUCCACUGUACUUACAACAACAACAAAAACAUAUAUAUAUU